UUUUCUCAACUUUUUUCCAAAACGUUGACGAUAUAAGAAUGUUUUGUUUCGUCAACGUUUUUUUCAACAACUAUUUUUAUAAUUUUUUUAUUGCUAUUAUUAUUAUUAUUAUUGUCGAAAGUGUAAUGGCGUUUGCGCGCGUUUUAGGAAUGUUGUACAGAUUGUGAAAAUAGAGGGGAUGGUUGCUUAUAUAUACAAAAGUACAGGUGUGAGUCUUGAUACUAGUAGUGAUCUGCUGCUGCUGCGUCAAGAUUCAUCACAGCAGUUAAUUUAGUUGUAUUAAAGAUUAUCUACUUAUAUAUUUUGGAAAUGAUGCUAAACAUUAUUGUUAUUAUACAUCAUUUUCUUUAAAAACAUUGUAAUUAGCAGUGAAAAAAAUCAUAUACUUUCAAGUGUAUGCUAAAGUGUAUGUGUAGAAAAGUUGACAUGAAAGCCAUGGUAAUAAACUCAUCAGCUGGAGGUCGAAUUCCACCUUCAGCAAGAGGUGUUUUGCCCAAUAGUCUUGAAAUAAAUAAUGGAACUCGGCGAGAUCUCGAAGCAGAACAAGUUGCAGCAUACUUAACAAAAUUACAGUCUCUUGUUGCUCCUGAUUUGCCAAAAAGACGAAAACUCUCAAAAUUACAAGUUAUUCAGCGAGUUAUUGAAUACAUUUGUAUUUUGCAAUCAACAUUAGAAGAAAAUAGUAAUGUGCACAAGCAAGACUGUCAUCUUCACUCCAUUAUGGAUCAGUGAAAAUUUGUGGUGCAGAAUGACAACAAACAUUUUGUUGUAAAUCUAAAGUGUCUGAUGUUUUUCAUUUUUGCAUUUAGAUUAUAUAUAUUGAAAAAGAAACACUAAUGAAGCUUUUGUGAUAUUUUUUUUAAUAAACUUUUAGUUUAUUGACUUUGAAAAAUGUAUAUGUUGGCAUUGCGUUUUGAUAUUAAAUAUUAUUGAUAUUAUUAAUAUCAAUAUUGUUUCUGUGUGAAACAUGAUAAAAAAUUGAUUUUUAUAAAAUUAUUCUUUAAUUCAGUUGAUAAAAAACAAUAAUGUAUUGGACAUUAAAUCAUAUUAAUUGUAUAUAAAUUUAUAUAUACUUGAAAUUGUGAAAAAAAAUUUUUUGUUAUAAUUGUUUUUUAUAUUUUAAAAAGAAUUUUACAUUGUACAUAUUGCUCUCUCUCUCUCUCUCUCCUUCUCUCUAGAUGAAUAAAAAUAUAUCUUAAAAUAAUUGUUGUCUAUCAUCUAUAGAAAAGAUUUUUUUUUCAAUUCCUUUCUUUAAUAUUUCACACAACAAUUGUUGUAUGUAGAAAAGUGAUAAAUUAUCAAGUACCCUAGUACUUCAAAAUUAUUCGCACGUACUAUAUUUUAUCUACUAUUUAAUAUAUUUUAGAAUACCUUCAUUCUAUACAUUUAAGCAACAAUUUUAUAUUUAACCAUGUAUUAAAUUUUGUAUUUGUAAAAAUAUAAACACCAAAUAUUGAUCCAAUGCGCAAUUGAAAUGAAUCAAAGGAUUUUUUGUAUGUAUAUGUGUUAUAGAACCCAUCGAGGUUAUGAAAAUUUUUUCUUUAUCAAUACUUUUAAAAAUACUUACAUUACGUUUAUUUUAGUUUAUAUAUGUAUAUAUUU